GCUUUGCAGGGAGAGAGUGAGCGAGGCGGAGGAGGCUAUAAUUCAGCAAGAACAGAAAAAAACUGAUGACAGAGAGAUACAGAGAUAAAGAGAGAGAGAGGACACGUGUGUGAAACAACAGCAGGUGGAUUGGACAGGAGCCUGGAAAACAGACAAGCAUCUUUUUCAAUUCCAUUUCAUUUAAAGGAAGUUGAGAGUUGUUUUUUUUUUUUCUUUGACAGAAAGCUAACCAGAACCCUGUGCCUGUGCAGGAGGACAAAAAGGAUGAGACGUGUAUUCAUGCUGUCUUUCUGCUGUGGGCCAUCGAAGUGGGUCAACACCUGAGAAGGAGCUGAAAAGAUCAGCAGAGACUGAGACAGUUUUGUCCUGAUAAAAGAGCACGAGAGGAGAGACAAGCUGAAGUGGCUGGAGACACAAGACGAGCAAGAAUGAAGGAUUAUAAGGAAAAGACUUUUAGUUUUUUAUAACUGAAAGCAGGCUGGGUUUAUGUGCCUGGUACUUUACAGUACAAGCUCAUUUACUUGAUUUUCUAAUCUCUGAAUGGAACCAUUUUUCAUCUUGACAAACAAACAUUUCCUCAACCUAAACUGGUUUUGCAGGCUGCAUGUGGAGCAAUGUAACUAACCUACCUGCUGGAAAUCUAGUCUGGUGACUGACUGUAGCUUUCACAGGAAGGAGAAACAGUGGAAUAAUUCAGUUUUUUAGUGAAACAUCACACCAUUCUAACAUUUUUUGGAGCUAUUUUCUUUCCUAUGACUCAGGCCUUUAUCACAGAUAACCCAGCAUCUCUUGACCUCUAAGUCAAAACAGUGAUCAACAGUAUAAGGAAGGUCAUUUCUCUACUGUGCCUCCACCAUGCAAACUACAGGACCUGAACAUGAUGACUAUUUUGAUUUCCUGUUUAAGAUCAUCCUAAUCGGAGACUCAGACGUAGGGAAGACCUGCGUGGUUCAGAAUUUCAAGUCUGGGAUUUUCUCAGAGAAACAGCAGAACACCAUCGGAGUGGAUUUCAGUGUACGGACCAUGGAUAUCGAGGGGAAGAAAGUCAAGAUGCAGGUGUGGGACACGGCAGGUCAGGAGAGGUUUCGUACGAUCACCCAAAGCUACUACCGCAGCGCCCACGGUGCCAUCAUCGCCUACGACAUCACGCGACGCCCCACUUUUGACUCAGUGGCCCAUUGGAUCAAGGAGGUGGAGCUCUAUGGAGCAACCAAUGUAGUGCUGGUUCUCAUAGGUAACAAAUGUGACCUGGAGCAGGAACGCCAGGUUCUUUUUGAAGAAGCCUGCAUGUUUACAAAGGAGACAGGCAUACUAGCUGCUCUAGAGACAUCUGCAAAGGUGAGUCAGAAUGUGGAAGAAGCCUUCAUGAUGAUGGCCAGAGAGCUGCUGGUUCGCAAUGGCCUUCAUGUCCAGAAGGAAGAUGAAGAGAGUAACAACACACCUCGACUUCUGCUCCGGUCCAACUCUCGGCCAGUUAAUGGCAAUGUAGCUGCCUACACAGCACCAGAGGAGAAGAAGACAUGUUGCUGAUUUACUGGUGGAUAAGAUAGGGAAGAUGAAGGCGUGUAAUGUUGGAAAUUACUGACAGUGGAGAAGGAAGCGGGUGAAGGACAUUUAAGAGGAAUGGAAGAAGAUUGAAAUAUGGAUGUGGAAUAUGACUAGAAGGGCCUCAACAACUGUGAUUCUUUGCAUUGAGGGAGUUUAGUAUUGAACAAUCAAAUCAGUGUAUCUUUUCUGUGACUUAUCUGACCUUAGAGAGGUGCUACAAGAACAAGAAUGUCAAACCAUGGCAUGUUUAGUAAGGGGAGGAGGUCAGAGACAGUAGUGACGACUGUGAUCAAUGUUGGGUAAAGUUACACCUUAACAUUCCUUGUGUUGCAUUUGGCUGUCUUCAUGCUUCACCCUGCCAAUAAAGCCAAUAAGAUUUUUGUAGUGGAUAAGAAGACUCUGAGUAUUCCACCCAAGUGACCUCUUGUGGUGCCUUCUAUGACGAGCUGUGAUCCUCUGCUGCUGCACUCUGGAUGGAAAUAUCCCGGACAACCUGCUACAAGCCAGAAGACUGUGAAUUAAACAUUAUAGUUGGAUUCUUGCGAUUUCUGAUCAGCUGACAUGAAGAAGGACAAAGUCUGAUUUUUUUGUGUGAAACAAAGUUUCCGUAGAAGCCGAGAGCCUUCAAUAGACCACUUCAUUGUGAACACUAGAGGGCACUGUGAUGUUAUGCAUAACCUAUGACUACAAGUUGGUUGCUCAGUGCCUUAGACAAUGAGUACUAAUGUAAUUUAAAACAUCUGUGAUUGCAUUAAGAAACAGUUAACUGCGUUUACAUGCUCCCCCGUAAACAGGAAAAAAGUCACCUUUUAAAGCUAAACUUUGUUGUGUUGGCAGGAAGUGAUCUUGGCAAACUGAAGUAAUUGAGCUGAGGAGGCCUACAUCCAGGAUUUAAUAUGUCUUUGUGUCGAAUGCCAAGUUGGCAGGUCUUAUUUAAACACCAACCUGGAAGUCAUGUAGCUGGAUUUGCACUGAUUGUUACUUUCUGACGCUGACACAGCUAUUCUGCCUUAAUGAUUAUUAAUUCAGUUUUGAGGGGAACACUUGUGAGAACUGUCCAGAUAUAGAGCAGUCCAAUGACCAGGAUGAAAACUCUACUCCAUUUGAUAAUAAAUAAUCAAUCUGUGACUAUAAAAUCUUUCAUUGCUUUAUUUUAGUGACAAAAAGGAGGAUGUUAGUUGUUGUGUAUUGGUCUCCUGCACACUGGGUGGCGCUAGUUGACAAUCAUUAAAGACUGUUUCCUGCCUUCCAGAAAGAAUAAAACAUAUUUUUAAAGAA